CUCCCCCCUGUAUAAAAAACCAACAGCGGUGGCAGCUCUCUUUCCCAGGUGAGCCAGCCAGCGAGUGCGCCACCACCACAACCCAGAUCUCCGCCUCGCCGGCUGGCCACCCCCACCCCGACCACCACCAUGCGGAGCACGGGGCCGGCGGCUACCGCGACGGUGAAACGGGUGGCGCAGAGGGUGGUGGCCCCGUCGGCGCCCACGCCCGGCGGCGAGCUCCCGCUCUCCUGGCUCGACCGCUACCCCACGCAGCGCGCGCUCAUCGAGUCCCUCCACGUCUUCAAGGGCCGCGCCGGCGACGAGGCCGCCGAGUCCCCGGUCAAGGCCAUCGAGCGCGCCCUGGCCGCCGCGCUCGUGAGCUACUACCCCAUCGCCGGCCGGCUCGCGCUGUCCGACGGCGGCGAGCUGGUCGUGGACUGUACCGGCGAGGGCGUGUGGUUCGUGGAGGCCACCGCGAGCUGCACCCUGGAGGAGGUGGACUACCUCGAGUACCCGCUCAUGGUGCCCAAGGACGAGCUCCUGCCGCACCCCACCUACCCCGCCUCCGACCCCCUCGCCGAGGACUCCGUAAUCCUUCUAGUCCAGGUCACGCAGUUCGCGUGCGGCGGGUUCGUGGUCGGGUUCCGGUUCAGCCACGCCGUCGCGGACGGCCCCGGCGCGGCGCAGUUCAUGUCGGCGAUGGGCGAGAUCGCUCGCGGGCGGGCCGCGCCGUCGCUGAUGCCGGCGUGGGGCCGCGAGGCGAUCCCGAGCCCGCCGACCGCGUCCGUGGGCCCGCUCCCGGUCCCGACGGAGCUCCGGCUGCAGUACCUGGCCAUGGACAUCUCCACCGACUACAUCGACCACUUCAAGGCCCGGUUCCUGGAGGAGACGGGGCACCGGUGCAGCGCGUUCGAGGUGCUGAUCGCCAAGGCGUGGCAGGCCCGCACCCGCGCCGCCGGGUUCGCGAGGGGCUCCCCCGUGCACGUGUGCUUCGCCAUGAACGCGCGCCCCGCGCUCCGCCCCCGCGCGCUGCCCGACGGGUUCUACGGCAACUGCUACUACAUCAUGCGCGUGUCGGCGCCGGCCGAGGCCGUGUCGGACGCGCCGCUGAACGACGUGGUCCGGCUGAUCCGCGAGGGAAAGAAGCGGCUCCCGUCCGAGUUCGCGCGGUGGAGCCGCGGGGAGAUGGGCGACGGCGGGGACCCGUACCGCAUCACGUCCGACUACCGGACGCUGCUGGUGUCGGACUGGUCGCGGCUCGGGUUCGCGGAGGUGGACUACGGGUGGGGCGCCCCCGUGCACGUGGUGCCCCUCACCAACCUGGACUACAUCGCGACGUGCAUCCUGGUCCGCCCCUCCGCGCACAAGCCCGGCGCGCGCCUCAUCACCCAGUGCGUCGCCGCCGACGGCGUCGACGCCUUCCACCGGGACAUGAUGCGGCUCGACUGAUUGGUCACCCACCCGAUCAGUUCCGGCGGGUGCCGUUGCCAACGGCCAGUAGUUGUCGGCCGGAGAACAGAGGAGAAUAUUCUACUGCAACACCACGAUACAUACAUAAAAUACGUGUUGUAACCGUUUGAUUUAUUCGUUCCAUUCGAUUAAAUUCGUUUUGCCA